UCAUGCGCCAAUCGGCAGGCUUCUUAGAGACAGCGGCUCGCUUUUUGAAUUGGCGGUGGCCGCCGCGGGCGUGCAUGGCGGUAACGGUGAGCGGCGUCGGCGCCUGAACAGGUGGACCCUCCCGGGCGUUUUAUUUGCGUGUUGACAUAGACAAGUAUAAACAAUGGCUGACAAUAGUGUAUUAGCAUCCACUACUGAGAGGACAAGCUUGGCUGACUCCUCCAUUUUUGAUUCGAAAGUUAUUGAAAAUUCUAAGGAAGACUUAUUUAUUGCAUCUACUCCAUAUGUUGAAGAAGAAAUGCCUCAGAUUGAAACAAGAAUGAUAUUGGUUCAAGAAGCUGGAAAACAAGAAGAACUUAUAAAAGCUUUAGAGACUAUUAAAAUAAUGGAAGUCCCUGUUAUAAAGUUAAAAGAAAGUUGUCCUGGAAAAUCGGAUGAAAAAUUUAUAAAAAGUGUUGUUAAUAUGGAAAUUAAAGUGUCCUUUGUAAAGAUGGAAUCAGUGGAAGAAUUUGAAAGUUUGGAUUCUCCAGAAUUUGAAAAUGUAUUCAUAGUCAUGGACUUCCAGGACUCUGCCUUCAAUGACUUAUACAAAACUGACUGCAGAGUUAUUGGGCCACCAGUUGUAUUAAACUGUGCACAAAAAGGAGCGCCUUUGCCAUUUUCAUGUCGCCCACUGUAUUGUACAAGUAUGAUGAAUCUAGUAUUGUGCUUUACUGGAUUCAGGAAGAAAGAAGAACUAGUCAGAUUGGUGACAUUGGUCCAUCACAUGGGUGGAGUUAUUCGAAAAGACUUUAAUUCAAAAGUUACACAUUUGGUGGCAAAUUGCACACAAGGAGAAAAGUUCAGGAUUGCUGUCAGCCUGGGUACUCCAGUUAUGAAGCCGGAGUGGAUUUAUAAAGCUUGGGAAAGGCGGGAUGAACAGGAUUUCUAUGCAGCAGCUGAUGAUUUUAGAAAUGAAUUUAAAGUUCCUCCAUUUCAAGGUUGCACGUUAAGUUUCCUGGGAUUUUCAGAUGAAGAGAAAGCCAACAUGGAAGAAAUGACUGAAAUGCAAGGAGGUAGUUAUUUGCCAGUUGGAGAUGAAAGAUGUACUCACCUUAUAGUUGAAGAGAAUAUAGUAAAAGAGGUUCCAUUUGAACCUUCAAAGAAACUUUAUGUUGUCAAGCAAGAGUGGUUCUGGGGAAGCAUUCAGAUGGAUGCCCGAGCUGGGGAGACUAUGUAUUUGUAUGAAAAGACUAAUACCCCUGAACUCAAGAAAUCAGUGUCACUGCUUUCUUUAAGUACCCCAAACAGCAACCGCAAAAAACGUCGUUUAAAGGAUACACUUGCUCAACUUUCAAGAGAGACAGACUUAUCACCUUUUCCUCCCCGUAAGCGCCCGUCAGCUGAACAUUCCCUUUCUAUAGGGUCACUCCUAGAUAUCUCCAACACAACAGAGUCGAGCAUUAACUAUGGAGAAACACCAAAGUCUUGUUCUAAGUCUUCUAAAAAUUCCACUCCAGUUCCUUCAAAGCAGUCAGCUAGGUGGCAAGUUGCAAAAGAACUUUAUCAGACUGAAAGUAAUUAUGUAAAUAUAUUGGCCACAAUUAUUCAGUUAUUUCAAGUUCCGUUGGAAGAGGAAGGACAACGUGGUGGGCCUAUUCUUGCACCAGAAGAGAUUAAGACCAUUUUUGGGAGUAUUCCAGAUAUCUUUGAUGUACACACUAAGAUAAAGGAUGACCUUGAAGACCUUAUUGUUAAUUGGGACGAGAGCAAAAGCAUUGGUGACAUCUUUCUUAAAUAUUCAAAAGAUUUGGUAAAAACCUAUCCUCCCUUUGUAAACUUCUUUGAGAUGAGCAAGGAAACAAUUAUUAAAUGUGAAAAACAGAAACCAAGAUUUCAUGCUUUUCUGAAGAUAAACCAAGCUAAACCAGAAUGUGGACGACAGAGCCUUGUUGAACUUCUCAUUCGACCAGUACAGAGGUUACCAAGUGUUGUGUUACUUUUAAAUGAUCUUAAGAAGCAUACAGCUGAAGAAAAUCCUGACAAAUGUACUUUAGAAAAAGCUAUUGAAUCACUAAAGGAGGUCAUGACGCAUAUUAAUGAGGAUAAAAGAAAAACAGAAGCACAAAAACAAAUUUUUGAUGUUGUUUAUGAAGUUGAUGGAUGCCCGGCUAAUCUUUUGUCUUCUCAUCGAAGUUUGGUACAAAGAGUUGAAACAAUUUCUCUAGGUGAGCACCCCUGUGACAGAGGAGAACAAGUAACUCUCUUUCUCUUCAAUGACUGCCUAGAGAUAGCAAGAAAACGACACAAGGUUAUUGGUACUUUUAGGAGUCCUCAUGGCCAUACCCGACCUCCGGCUUCUCUUAAACAUAUUCACCUAAUGCCUCUUUCUCAAAUUAAGAAGGUGCUGGACAUAAGGGAGACAGAAGAUUGUCAUAAUGCUUUUGCCUUGCUUGUGAGGCCACCAACAGAGCAGGCAAAUGUGCUGCUCAGUUUCCAGAUGACAUCAGAAGAACUUCCAAAAGAAAACUGGCUAAAAAUGCUAUGUCGACAUGUAGCCAACACCAUUUGUAAAGCAGAUGCUGAGAAUCUUAUUUACUCUGCUGACCCAGAAUCCUUUGAAGUAAAUACGAAAGACAUGGACAGUACAUUGAGUAGAGCAUCUAGAGCAAUAAAAAAGACUUCCAAAAAAGUUACAAGAGCAUUCUCUUUCUCCAAAACACCAAAAAGAGCUCUACGGAGGGCUCUUAUGACAUCCCAAAGCUCAGUGGAGGGAAGAAGUCCUCUCAGCAAUGACAAGCAUGUAAUGAGUCGUUUGUCUAGCACAUCAUCAUUAGCAAUUACCCGUUAUGUUUCCACAAGCAGUAUAAUUGGACUUACUAAGCAUGUUCAUGUCCAGUGCUCAGACUGUACUGGUGGGCGCUCCCGAAACUCCUGGUUUCGAUCUAUACAUCAUUCUGCUUCAUUUGCUAAUUAUUCAGAGAUACUAGAAGGAAAUACUGAUUUUUCAAAUUUCAAAAAAGUUCUGUCCAAGUCAUCUUUGAUAUUUGUGAAGAAAUAGGAGAUGUUCCAACCAGUAAUGGAAACAAGCUUCAUGACG